AUGAUCGCGUUUCUUUUUUUCGAAAACUUAAUGUGCCAAUUAGCACUUCUAGCGUUUUUUCUGCCUGCUUUUUCUCGCUUUUGGGGAAAUCGCCUGCUUUUUUUCCUUCGGGAGAAUUUGCCUGCGGUCUUGUCUUCUGUCUGGCUCUUUGUUGUUGGUAGUCGCCGACCAUACCAAAGUCCGCCAGUCCCAAUUGGUGAUGUCUUCGUCUUGGUAGAUGGUGUAAUUACGCCAAUCAGCCUCAUCAACCAAACUGAAGCUGUUUCUUCCGCUUCCUCCCCGCCUCCUGCUCCUGUGGCUGCUCCUGUUUCUUUCGGCUUUUUACCUCCUGUCGUUGAAACCAGUCGAGCUUGGUCUUUCGUGCCCAUUCCUCCUCCUGUAGCAACACAACCACCACCUUGUUACAGCUUGGAUUGUGCUUGUGUCGCUGGCCUUCCUUGUCUUGGCCAAGGAUUGUUUCCGGAGUCGGUUGCUCUCCCGCGCCACAAUCAGUUUGGCACCUCUUUGUCGUUGUUUUCUGCCGUGUGGCAAAACGAAGUUUCCUCUGGUUCUGUCGGUGGUGCGCCCAUUGGUCAGUUGAGCUCUCGUCGUGAGACCUCUCUUCCUUUGGCCCAUUGUGAGGGUCCCUUGGAUUAUGUUUUGUCGUUGGCGUCGCCUCGUGCGGACAACCCUUCUUUUGCGGUUUCUUCCCCUUCUGGGGAUAACGCACUCCCAGCGGUUUCUUUCCCUUCGGGGGAUAACGCUGUUGAAGCGGUUUCUUCUCCUGUUGGAGAUAACGCUUCCUUUGCGGUUUCUUCCCCUUCUGGGGAUAACGCAAUCCCAGCGGUUUCUUUCCCUUCGGGGGAUAACGCUGUCGAAACGGUUUCUUCUCCUUUUGGAGAUAACGUUUCCCUUGCGGUUUCUUCCCCUUCUGGGGAUAACGCACUCCCAGCGGUUUCUUUCCCUUCGGGGGAUAACGCUGUUGAAGCGGUUUCUUCUCCUUUUGGAGAUAACGCUUCCUUUGCGGUUUCUUCCCCUUCUGGGGAUAACGCAAUCCCAGCGGUUUCUUUCCCUUCGGGGGAUAACGCUGUUGAAACGGUUUCUUCUCCUUUUGGAGAUAACGUUUCCCUUGCGGUUUCUUCCCCUUCUGGGGAUAACGCAAUCCCGGCCGUUCCUUCUUUGAUGGAGGAUAUUGCUUCCUUCUUGUUAUCUUCCUCCGUGGAAAAUGACAAUGAACUGGCGGUUUCUUCCCCUUUUGGGGAUAACGCUAUCACGGCCAAUCCUUCUUUGAUGGAGGAUAUUGCAUCCUUCUUGGUGUCUUCUUCUGUGGAAGAUGACGUUGAGCCAGCGGUUUCUUCCCCCCAUGGGGAUAACGCUUUGCCUUCCGUCGUUGGUGGUGCGUCGGUUGGUCUUGGUUCUUUUGGAGAUGGAACCCUCUCUCCUGUCUCUUCCGCGGGUCUGGCCUUGCCAGAGAUUGAUUCCCUUUCGCCCGUUGUUGUGCCCGAUCCUUCCCCGUCGGCAUCACCUGGUGUAUCGGCGUUGGAGGUGUUGGACCCUGUCCCGCCCUCCCCUACCUUCACGCCUGGGAAUUUGGCAUCUCCUGUUCUCUUUCCUCGUCUUUCUCUCCGGCUCUCUUUGGCUGGUGCUGCUUUUGAGGAGUUGCGCUCUCCCUCUCUCUCACCUCUCCUCAACACGGGGAAUCUCGCUUCGCCUGUUCUUCGUCCUCGUCCUUCCUUCCGGGAGUUAGUGGCCGCCGCUCCCCCGCCAGAGACGUUAAAUCUUCUUCCGAAGACACCGGUGUGGUCUCCUGUUGCCUCUCCUUCUGCUGAGGUAGAGCCACAAGUAGGAGAAAAACGAAGAUCCCGUUCUCCUGUGCCUCCUUUUUCUCCCCGGCGUCGACUCGACUCUGGUCUUGAUGAGGACGUUCUUUUGUUGCCUCCUCCCGCUCUUCCUUUGGGCACUGCUGCUUCUUCUGUUGCUUCCUCCCUUCCUCCUGUUUCUUCUGCUGUCUUGGCAGCCUCUGAGGAGUUGGUUGUUGCUUCCCCUCUGCCCGUGUUUGUUGCGGCUCCUGCCUUUUCGGAGGUCACCGUUGCUUCCUCCUCUUCUUCGGUCCUGUCUGGAACCCGUGUUGCUUCGGCCACUCUUGUUGUGUCUUCUCCGUCGCCCGUGCUUUCUGAUUCUCCUUUGCCCGCUGAUGGGGCUCCGAUUAUCCCUGAUCCCCCUGUCCGUCGAACUCGCAUCGCUGACCUCAUUGGUCCGUAUACGGACUUGCGGGAUCAGGGAUACAAGGACCCCUUCGCCAUACUAGAUGGUGCCCAAAGGGGUUUACUUGAGCGUUUAACUGCAGCCGCAAAUGAUUCUAUGAAAUGGAACGAUGUCUAA